AUGGGAGUUUUGUCUCGAACGAUGCCGCGCUGCCGAGCAGCCGCCGCAAUUCUCCUCUUCCUCGGGGCGGUCGUCCUGGUGCCAGCCAGCCUGACGUUCAUCAGUAGUGGCGGAAGCAGCAUCCGCUCACCAGCGCGAGAAGCCCUCCUGACAACGCCUUCUUUGGAAACCCAGCGCUUCCAGCACGUGGCUGGCUCUGAGCCGCGAGGAGCGUCGACAUACAGCAUCCUCGCUUGUGCGUUAGUUUCGGCAGCACUUGCCCGUCGCGCAGCCCGACCAGCACAAAAGAGCUGCAUAGCAAGGCGAGCUGAGGGCGAGAGCCUGAUGGGUGGGAUGCUCGGUGCCAUGAAGCAGGACCAGGACGAGGAAGCGGAGCAGAUGAAAGAGGGCCAGGCCGAAAGCCAAAGGGUUCCGUCGAGACAGGAGGGCGACGCAAUGUCACAGUACUUUGACAAGGAUAUCGACGAGGGGGACCUGGAGCAAUACAUGAAGGACUACGAGGCUUCACAGGACGAGUCGCUUGCCCGCUUGACUCGCUAUGAUCUCUAUCCCUCAAAGCAGUACAUCCUCUACUUGGCCAAAAUGAAUGCCAGGAAGAUGUGGACAAGAGAUGGCCCCGACGGCAGGAACAUUGGCUGCCUUGAAGUUCAGAUCGCAAUCCUGACAGAGCGAAUCCGCAACAUUGUGCUUCAUGCCAGGGAGUUCAAGCCUGACUACGUUUGUCGAGUCAAGCUGACGAGUCUGGUGUCCCGUCGCCGAAAAUUCCUGGACAAGCUGGCAACCAAGAACCUGGACGCCUACAUGAAGAUACGUGAGGAGCUGAAGAUUCGUCACGUCUACCGCUUGGAUGCGCUGAUCGGGCGUCUGGGUGAAUACCGCUAUGCGGUGCAAAACCGGCCUCGUGCUCCUGGUCGCAAGACACUGAACAGACUCAAGAAGGCCAAGCGAUUGAUGAGCAACCGCCUUGCCAACUACUUGAGGCAGGGAAAGGAGCACAAGAUCAUUCACCGAACCAAGAAGAAGCUGAAUGCUCGCCGUUGGGUUGCGCGAGCCUACGACGAAGCCGCCUUGAUGGUUGCCGACAAGCCCAUGACCACCUACGUCGACCCGCUGAACUUGCCCUAG